AUGAUAUUAGGGUAUUUUUAUAAAAAUCUAAAAAAUGAUUUAUCCAGUAAGAAACUUCUGGAUUCAGAGUGAUAGGUAUUUCUUUAUAUUUAAAAGUUUUUAUGAUCAAUUAAACAAACUUGUUCAUCCCUAAUCACUGCAAUCUUCGUUAUUCACGCCUCGAUUUCUUGCAGGUCAAACUCGUAUUUCAGUUAAUCAGCGGGGAUACUGUGUACUCACUUGAAUUACGUUGUCUGUAUACGCUUUCUGCAAAUUCCAUCGAACAAAUUUCUGAGCAGAUUGUUGUGUUUGUGUUAUUUUGGUAAAAUUGUGCUUUUAAAAUUAGGUUUGCAAUUUUGGAACGAGUUGGAAAUCGAAACGCUUUUUUGUGUGCAUGUAUGUUUUUUUGUUGGUGUUGCAAAUUCUGAUUGUUGAUGAGUGCACUGGUUAGUUGAAGAUUGUAUUUUUAAGAAUGCUAUGUUGUUGAUCCCGCUUUAUGAUUGUUCUGAGAGGAUUUAGGAGUUUACAAGUAUUGCUCUGGGAAGAUGGGAUAGAUAAUUAUCUAAAACUACUCUCUACGAACACAUUAAGGCUGGUUUAGUUUUUGGGUAUUUCCGGACGUACCAUAAUAGUAGAGGCAACAGCAGUGGAGUCCUAUCAGUUAUGCAACAAAUCAUUUGUAUUAAUUGUGCUAAUCUCAUUGAAUUUGGUUGUCUCUAAACAAAGAUCUUAGAUUUGGGUGUCUUGUAUUUGUAAAAAGUGUACUUUUGGGUUUGUUGUAUUCGUCAAAAAUGUACGUUUGGUGUUUAACAAUGUAAAUAAUUAUUAAUGUAUUGUGUUUUGUGCACCUUGUGAAUUUAAGUUUGGAGGUAGCUGUUUAAGUAGAUAUCAUUUUCAUUUCAUUUUGGAAUCAAAUAUUUUUUUUUCAACUGUUAUUUUCCUUGUGCAUUAUGUUGAAAUUAGCAACAGUUAUAAGAUUAAAGAGGGAGGGAAAUGUAAUGGUGUUUAAAUGGUCCUUAACGUUUCUAACUUGUUGCACUUUUAAUAUUGAAUUAUAACUGGUGCUUCAUCACUUAAUCUCUUUUUAUUGGUUGUUUGAAGAUAGAUUUUGUUUUAAGCAUUAACAUCAAGUCACAGAAAUGCCAAAAGUUAGAAGAGGGCGGUCACCAUCUAUGGAUUGCAGUAGAUCAUACCCUUAUCCUUCCAGCUCCAUAAACAUUGAGCUGCCUAAACCAAUGUUGGGAUCAGCUGCUGAAUUGAAAGAAUGGGAUGAUACUAGGUGUCCUAUUUGCAUGGAAACUCCUCAUAACAGUGUUAUUCUGAAAUGUUCUUCUUAUGAGAUGGGUUGCCGUCCUUAUAUGUGCAAUACCAGUUACAGGCACUCCAACUGUCUCGACCAAUUCUGUAAGUCAUUUGAUUCCCAUCUUUCAUCAGCAAUACUGGAAGAAAUUCCCCUCACAAGCACAGCCUCUCAUGAUAGGAAAGUUCAGUCAGAGUCUGGGGACCCCUCUCAAUAUGGUAGCAAGUUGCAACCGAAGCUUAUCUGCCCUCUUUGCCGGGGAGGAAUAUAUGGAUAUGUGGUCUUGGAUCCUGCUCGGAGGUAUAUGAAUUCUAAAGCAAGGAGUUGUUCUUCUGAGACAUGUGAAUUCCAGGGAACAUAUCCAGAACUCAGGAAGCAUGCUAGGCUGGAGCAUCCUUCUGUUCGACCAUCAGAGGUGGAUCCCUCACGACAGUGUGACUGGUUAAGAAUGGAACAGGAAAGGGACUUUGAAGAUCUGUUUAGCUCAAUCAAUGAAAGUUCUGGUGCAGAAUUCGGUAGUGACAACAUAUGGACUGGGAGUUUUGCCGACUUUAUGUCCUUGUUCUUGUAUGAAAUCUUCUCCUCUAUUGAAGACGCAAACCAAAUGUCUCAUUUGUUGCCUGAUUCAAGACCUAGAAUGCCAUUACACGACAGAAGGACUGGAACAAUGCUCAGGGCAUCAAAUGAUACACAAACAAAUCAAUCAGCUAGAUGGAGAUCCAGUUUACCUUCAACACAUCAACCGGAGAUAAUUUAUAGAGGUAGGUGGAGAACUAAUUUGUCAUCAUCUCGUAAUCCGGAGGCAAAUCGUACGGCUAGGUGGAGAGAAAAUAUUCCACCUUCGAGAAUGCCUAGCAAUGUUCAUCAUUAUUCUAGAGAGUCGAGCCCGGGGGUCAGGACAUUCUCAACAAGGAUGACUCGAGAUUCACAAGUUUCUCAGACUAAUCAUCGGAGCAACAAUUCUUCGACUAGAAGGACUCGAGCUCAAUAUUUGCGUUGGCGCGGUCCAAGAUGGUCAACAUACAAUAACCAACCAUGAGUGGCACUAUAUUUCUUUCGAUGGAUGAAAUAUAGUCUUGUGUCAUGGAAACAAAUAGUUUACUUUUUCUAUAAACUAUAUUAUGAAGAUACUUUAAUUAUCAUGUAGCAUCAUUUCUUUGGAUGAUUCGGUUCAGUAGAAUUUGUGUUGCAACUGAUAAUUUUUCUUCCUGCAAUUUAUUUUAUUGAGGAUAGUUCUCAAUGUGAAUGAAUUCAUUCAGCCAUUGAUUAUGCCAGAUAUUCUAUCAAAUUCAACUUUUGGGUUGAAGUUUUUGCCA